UGCACCUUGCGAACGGCCCGCGGCCGAUCAGCGGUGGUCUUGAGAACCGAAGUCUCGAACCACGACUGUUAUUCCGUACGAGAGAGCGAGUUGUAGGACGUGUCGACGUGCACAGCGGCUACACACGGGCGGCCGGCACCAGCAUUGCAGCGCACCGAGCACCACGGCAACGGCACUACCUAUAGCCGAUGCGGUGGUGAGCGGGUGAGGUUACAAUAUAGGAAACCACCUGACACGCCCCCACCGUUUUCCCAGUCAUCACAAAGGAUCCGCCACUCUCUAUAGUUGCAUCUUCUAAUCAAGCGCGCGCGCGCGCACGUCACGUACACACGCAUACGCUCGUACGCGCACACACAAACACACACACACACCACAUACGCAUUAGUGCGCACACACACGCGCGCGCGAGACGCACGUACUACACACAAUAUAUUAUAGUUACAGAUACAUUUUAUUAUUAUUAUUAUUAUUAUUAUUGUUUUUUUUUUUAAAUUUUAUUUAAUUUUCUCUUUUGUACGCCACUGACUGAUGUGAAUAACUUAUUAGCGCUGCGCUGGCUCCUCGCGUACGGCUGGCUGGUGGUGGUGUCCCGAAAGCGGAUUCUCGUCUAAACAAUAAUAAAUAAUAAUAAUUGCAAUAGUAAAGUAAUAUCAUAUUAUAAUUAUUGUUAAGUUAUUGUAAUAUCCUCCGAGUUUUGUAUUUUGUGAGAUUUUCGUUCCACCACCGACGUGGUUCUGUACGCACUAUAACUAUUUGAGACUUUUUUCGUCGAAAUCGCGUCAAUAUGGCGUAGUGCCGCCGUCCGAUUUCGUCUUCGUCGCCACCGCCGUUAACGGUAUCGUUGUAGGUAGUUCGGUAGGUAGGUAGCCGACAGCCGUCGCCACUACCGUGCAGUGUCAGUGCGAUAUAUAGCUUCGAUAAUAAUAAUUGUGAUACAUCAUAAGGUUGUUGUAUUUUACCUACUAGCAAAAAAAGAAAUAGUGCAAACGGAGUUUUGUCUUCGUUAUUGUAUAGUGCUUUUCCGAUUUCGAAAGCCUUGUGUGCUACUGUUACCAAGUAGAUAAGAAAAGUAACGUUCGUCGUUGGUGUUGUCGUUGGCGUGAUCGUGACCGUGAAAAAGAAUUGUCCCUGUUCCAUGACUUCGACGGAUUAUUUAGCAGCAAUCCGACAGUGGACAUCAUCCGUAAUUACCUUGUAGCGCACUAACGUCGCUUAUCAAAACAAACAUGACUACAUCCAUCCGGUCCAUCCCGUCUGACAAGAUAAACCUCAGAUUGAUUCUUGUCAGCGGUAAAACUAAAGAAUUCAUAUUUAGCCCUAACGACUCGGCGGGCGAUAUAGCUCAAGCAAUUUUUGAUAAUUGGCCAGAAGAUUGGGCUGACGAAGCAGUCGAAAAAGCUGAGAUCCUCAGACUGAUAUAUCAGGGUCGUUUUUUACACAGCAACGUCACAUUGGGUGCUCUAGGCCUUGUGCCAGCCCGUACCACUGUUAUGCAUCUCGUACCAAGGGAAACACUACCUGAACCUAAUUCACAAGAUCAAAGACAAAAAAGUAAAGGUGCAAGCAGUAGUUGCUGUUCAGCCGCCUGUUCUAUAUUAUGAAUGUGUUCUACAACAAUGCAAAUAUUGUGUAUUUAGUAAAAUAAAUCAAGUAUGCUUAAAAUGCAACUUUCAAAACAAAUUUGUAGUGAGUGGUCUCACCAUUUACCCAUGAUGAAUUGUGACCAUUGGUGGGUUAAUGUUCUAUAGAUUUUUUUUGACUUGUAUAUUUUCAGUUAUCCCCUCCAACUUUUUUUUAAUUAUUAUUAUUAUUUUUGUUUUUUAUUAACUAUAUCAUAGAUAGGUCUAAGGACAAAAAAUGUAAUUAUACUUUAUAUUAGGUUUAUUAAUACAUCACAGAUAUGACGCGAGUAUGAACCUGCUUCAUUUGUCGGUAUUUUAAUAAACUGUUAAAUUUAUAAAAAUUAACGCAACAAAUUUACUGUACCAUGAUAUGGAUAACCGAACUAUCCUUUAUUUUGUAUUGUUGCAAUUCAUGAUAAAAAUCUGUAAUCUUAACUAUUUUAUUUUAUUUAGAUUUGCUGGGUCUUCCCUUCACAAAAAAAAAAAAGAGUUAAUAAAAAAUAAAAAUAUUUUUAUAAAAAUAUAUUUGUAAACAUUUAAAAAAUAAAUGUUGUUGCACGGUAUAUGAUUACUGUUCUCCAUUUGUCUUUAUGAUGUAUGUUUUGUGUAAAUAGUAAUAUUCAUUCGGACAUUUAAAUUAUGUUUUGAAUUAUAUUUUUGGGAUGAAAGAAAUCAACCUGCAAUAUCUCAGAGUCGUGCUUUGGUUUGUGCUCAUUAUUCUUAAACUAUAUGAAAUAUAAACUUGAUCUUAUUGUUGUAUGAAUAUUAAUUAUAUUGGUUGUCUUAAAUCAUAAUGUUUAUAAAAAUAUUAUAGUUUAAUAUACACUAUUAUCAAGAAACUCAAAAUAUAUAAAUAUGAUUUUUUUUUUUUGCUUUUACUCUUCUGUGAUUUUUUCGUUAUUAUACAAUUUUUUUUUAGAUAAUGUAAUUGUGUAAUAUAGUACGUAUAUAAAUGUAUAAUCUCACCUUUUUGAUUCUUAAUGUAAAUUGUGUUUUAUUUCUAAUCUCCUUAUUUUUUUAAACCGAAAUUAAAUUUAGGAUUAGGUGUAUAUUAUUAUCGUUGUCGUUGUGUAAAGUAUAUUAAGAAAAACGAAUACAUAAUUAUAUAUCAUAUAUGAUUAUUUUAAAUAUAACAGUAUGUAUUAUUAUUAUCAAUAUAGUAUUAUUUAACUGUUCGUAAA